CGCGCUUAUUGGUAUGCGGUCUCACUGAUUUGGUGCUUCAGUUCAAGAUGGCGAACGAUGCGAGCAAACUACUACUGUCUUCACACCAAGAAAAAACCAGUCAUUAUACCUACCUGAAGGAGUUCCGCGUGGAGCAGUGCCAGUCGUUCCUGCAGCACAAAUGCAACCAGCAUCGCCCCUUCGUUUGCUUCAAUUGGCAUUUUCAAAAUCAGCGUCGUCGACGGCCAGUACGUAAACGCGAUGGCACAUUUAAUUACAGCGCUGAUAAUUAUUGCACCAAAUAUGAUGAAACAACUGGAAUCUGUCCCGAAGGCGAUGAAUGCCCCUUCCUACACCGAACAGCCGGCGACACUGAGCGUCGGUAUCAUUUACGCUACUACAAGACAUGCAUGUGUGUGCACGAUACAGACAGCCGGGGAUACUGUGUGAAAAAUGGUCUUCACUGCGCCUUUGCGCACGGCAUGCAGGACCAGCGCCCACCGGUUUAUGAUAUCAAAGAGCUGGAGACAUUGCAAAAUGCGGAUAUAUCGUUGGACGGGACCAAUGCACAAAAUGCGCUUGAUAAGGAGCGAAACCUAAUGAACGAGGAUCCCAAAUGGCAAGACACCAACUAUGUGCUAGCCAACUACAAAACCGAGCCAUGCAAGCGUCCGCCCCGUUUGUGUCGCCAGGGCUAUGCCUGUCCACAGUACCACAACAGCAAGGAUAAACGUCGCUCGCCCAGAAAGUACAAAUACAGGUCCACCCCAUGUCCCAAUGUCAAGCACGGCGAGGAGUGGGGCGAACCGGGCAACUGUGAGGCCGGAGACAAUUGCCAGUAUUGUCACACACGCACCGAGCAACAGUUUCAUCCGGAAAUCUACAAGUCCACAAAAUGCAACGAUGUACAACAGGCUGGCUACUGCCCUCGCAGCGUCUUCUGCGCCUUUGCGCAUGUGGAACCUUAUCUUGUCAACGAACAGAAGAAGCGCGAUCAAGAAAUUGCCUUAAGCGAAAUCAUUUCCAAUGGCUUGUCCGGUAUGAAGAUGCAGGAUGAGGUCGCUAAUGGCAAGCUGUCUUCAGGACUGCUCCAGCUGAGCAAUAAUUUAUUAAAUAUUGAUGGUAAUAAUACAACCAACAAAAUGUUUGUAGAUGCUUUGGAAAAUACAACUAAUUCCAGCAAAAUCUUAAAUAUCUCACUACCACUGGACAGCCAUCCCUGUACAUUGGAAGAUCCACGCGAGAACUCGCUAUCGGCAAGUCUGGUUAACACUAGUUUAUUAACACGUUCCUCGGCGCCAAUUAACAUUCCUAAUACGACACUAAGUAACUCUAUUAACGACUUCAAUUCAGGUGGCUUUGCCGUCAACAUUCCCAGCAGCUCGCUCACAUAUAGCCCGACAAAUCAUGCCAAUCUAUUCAAUGUGUAUGGCGCCUCCAACAAGCUAAGCAAUUCCCUAUCGGCUGCUACGCAAAACGAUAGCAAUAGCAUGUUCUUUCCGUCGCGCAUUAUAUCGCCUGGCUUUGGCGAUGGCUUAUCUAUAAGCCCAUCAGUUAGAAUAUCAGAAUUGAACACCAUACGUGAUGAUAUCAACAGUAGCUCCGUGGGUAACAAUCUAUUUGAGAACACUUUGAAUACGGCUAAAAAUGCAUUCAGCUUACAAUCUCUGCAAUCGCAAAACAACACCGAUUUGGGUCGUAUGACCAAUGAGUUGCUCACGAAGAAUGCGCAGAUUCAAAAGCUUUCCGUACGACUUGAGGAGCUCAUGUGCAAGAUAAAAAUAGCAGAACUGCAUCGCGACAAAGCCAAACAGGAAGCCUUGGAAUGGAAGGACCGUCACGAUCUAGUGCAAAUACAACUCAAUCUACCCGGAGAGUUGCGCGAUUUAUCCAUACAAAAACUAAAGCAAUUACAAUCUAAACUGCGCACCGAUUUGGAGGAAGUAGACAAAGUAUUAUACUUGGAAAACGCCAAGAAGUGCAUGAAAUGCGAAGAGAACAAUCGAACCGUUACUUUGGAGCCCUGCAAUCAUCUGUCCAUUUGCAAUACAUGCGCCGGUUCGGUUACCGAGUGCCCCUAUUGUCAGGUGCCGGUAAUCACAACCCACACAUAGAAUAUGUUUUAAGCGCUCUAGAACUUUUGAUGAGCCCCUGUGCCUAAUUGGUACAGAGCGUGUUCACAGUAACAAUGGGCGAUAGAAACUAAACUUUAAUCGUAAGCAAAAUGUUAAAAAACGUCUAGCAAAUAUGCCGCGCCUGGCAUAUGACAGAGCUUACAUAUAUACUUAUAUUAUUUAUAUUACUCUAUAUGCAAAUUAAUUAUCUUGGAUAUUAGCAAUUACUAGGCACAAAAUAUGUAAUUCGUUUAGCAAGCAGCUAUGCAUUUGAAAUUUAUUACUCGUCUAAAUAACGCUACAGGAAAUUUUCUUUAUAUAUAUUUAUUUUUUGGUUUAUUUUCAUUUCAUUUUUUUUUUAAUUUUGUGUUAAUUUUAGUUUAUAUAUACAAUUCGUAUACAUAACAGUUUCAAAGUUUCUUUGUGUCCAUGACAUUUUAUUUUGUAUGAAACGAAUUUGCAAUAUUAUUGUCUUUUUUUUUAUACCUGUAUUCAUAAUUUUCUAUACUUGCAGUCACUUUUCACUAGUAUUAAUUAAACAAAUAAAACCAUUUACUAUUAUAUGAUAUACCUGUACACGUUCAUAUAUUUUAUGACGAUAAUUUUUGCCGCUUCUAUAAAACACUUUAAAAAAAAUCAAAUUGACUAACAAACAAAUGAAAACCACCAGUGAUUUUUAUAAACCAAUUGUCUAACUACAAAUAUAUGUAUUUUUUAGGUAUGUUUAAAUGAAAUAUAAACAAAUCAAGAUUUUGUAAUUAAGAGAUUUCUAGGCAAGGUUCAAGUUUUAGGGUCUUUAAUGAAGGAUCUUUGAAAGACCCAAUUUAAUGCAAAUUUUUGCAUGGGCGUACAAAAUAUUGAAAAUUGUAGAAACUACAAUAUCUAUUCGUAGUUCUUCGCAUUGGUCAGUUUGUACAAUUUCUCAGCCCGUACUAUACUUUUAAUUUUCGUAUGUCUGGAUUUUAGCCAGAAAACCAAUUUUGCAUCUAUUAAUCUAUAGUUACAUAAAUGAUUUCACUUACACACUAAGAAAAACGGACUAAAAACUUUUUAAAUAAUUUGUAUUUGAUGUAUUUCACUUUUAUACGCUACUAGGUUACUAUGUGAUUUCUUUAGUGCUUUAAGUACGUUCUUUUCUAAUUUUUUUAUGUAACUUUUAAAUUUAAUAUAAAGCUUCCAAUGAAAAUCCGGUCAAAGGUCAGAUAAACGAUAUAUCAAAGUCAAAAAUGUAUAUUGAUGGCCAAUGUUAACGGUACAAGAUUAUUAAAUACACAAUAUUUACAAAAAUUGAAGCGUGUGAUGUAAAAGAUUAAACAAUAAACGUAACUCAAGACAGCGAA